UUUGUACAGUUAUUUGUUAUAUGUGGAUUAAUAAGCUAAGGAUAAGGAAGAGAUAGUGUGAUUUCAAGACAACUUUUAGCUGUUUCGUUUGAUAAGUUUGGACUAUUUACAAUUUCAAAAAGCAAAUGCCGAGUAAAACUAUGAGUCAAACCAACAGCAGCUCACAACACAGAGCACCAGAACUGGGUUUGCAUGAGCUGGUAUUUGAAAACAAUAUUUCACAACUCUCCAAGAAGCUGAAUGUAAAAAAGGAGAAUGAAAAUUUUGAAGAAGUGAGAGACCAUCAUGGGAAUACACCUUUACACCUCGCUGUAAUGUUGGGCCAUAAGGAAUGUGUGCAGUUGUUAUUAAAACAUGGCCAUGAAAUUAACGUGAAGAACCACUAUGGAUGGACGCCAUUGCAGGAAGCAGUCAGCUAUGGUGACCGCCAGACCAUUACUUCACUGUACAGGUUUCUUCGAAAGCAGAAGAAAAAUUCUAUGAAGAAACAGAAACCAGAAAUAAGAGAAGCAUUACAAGCUUUGGGCGGUGACUUCUAUAUGGAGAUGCGCUGGGAUUUCCAAAGCUGGAUACCCUUUGUGUCCCGCAUUCUGCCUUCAGACACAUGUCACAUCUAUAGAAGUGGUCACCGUAUUCGUAUGGACUCCACUCUCGAAGAUUUUAGUGAGCGACGUUGGAUUCGAGGAGACAUUUCAAUCAUCAUUGAUUUUGCAGCAGAUGGGGAACCUGAUGUGUUGCUACUGGACAACAAAAACAAAAUUUACCAGCAUAUGAAGCAGACCACAGUACAGGAGCGUGAAGCAUCUAUUGAGGAGGAAGUUGACAUAUCGAUGAGCACAGACAUUGUGGAUGCUGCAAUGAAGACUAAGGAGAGCGUUAUCGAGUCUGUGAACUCAGGGUGGAUUUUUACUCAUCACAAAGCAGAAAAGAUAGGACAGUUUAAUGCGGAUUUUUACCGCAUUUCAAAUCUGAUGCUGGUUACUCGGAAAAGAAGAGAGCAUUUGUCAGAGGAAGAUAUAAAAAAGAACAAAAUGCUUCGAGAUGCGAUUAGCAAGGGUGAGGAUGCUGGAAAGAUUCUGGAUGAAUGUGAAGACAGUUCUGAUCCAGAAAGGCGGCAAUCUCUUCCUGCUCCUGAGCCGUCAAAGAUCACAUGGAAACAAUAUAAUAACCACCGUAAUUCUGAUCCAUGCUUGGGUCGUCACAGAAAGGAGAAACUGAAUACCAAAAGAUUUGAAGCCUCUCUUGGCAUGAGUGCUGAGUUUCCAGUACGGCUUGAAAAUCUUCUUCCGAUCUUUGCGGCUCUUGGAACAAAAGCAAAGUUGUUCUCGAAAUUAAAAGACUUUGUAACACUCCGUCUUCCCUCAGGGUUUCCAGUCCGAAUUGACAUUCCAGUGUUUCCCACAGUUAAAGCUGUCAUCACUUUCCCUCAGUUUGAGUUCCGUAGCAGUAUCCCAAGCUCCAUGUUCACUGUCCCAUCCACAUACAAGGAAGAGCCAAGUUGGUUUGAAAAGAGUUGUAAGCAGAGACAGCAGGAGUCCUCUAAAAAAAGAGCAAGCAAGAGCGCAACUUAAGAGCUUUUUCGUUAACACGUUUCACUGGAAGUUCAAUCACCUACAUUUUAAACCUAAAUAUGUUUUAGAUAUUAUUGUUUAAUUAUUUUAUUUAUUACCUUUAUACUUCUUAGAUGAUAUGAUUAGUUUUAUCCAGGUAGAAAGCGUUCUUCUAUUAUACUUUCUACCUAAAACUUCUUCUAUUAGUAGACAAUAACACUGCGAAACCUAUGCAAAUAUCUCAAUGCUGUAGGUGUGGCAAUAUUUUUAUGUGUGCUUACAUUUUGUGAAGUAACUUUGGUGCAAAUGCGUAUGCACUAAGCACUCACAAUUUUUAAAUCGGCUACAAUAUGUUUUUUAACUGCUCAUUUUAACCUUUCAUGUAGUAAUACUUGUAGCAGUAACACCAAAGAUAUUACUUGAGGUAGCCCUGUUUUAUAAAUUCUUUUUACUUUUUAAUAAUGAUAGAUGAUCUUUUAGCAAUAGAAUGAUACUGCCUAAAAUCUUUCAGCCAAGGGCACUUCUUUUAGCAGGUCUGCAAUUCAAAAUAGCCUAAAUUCUGUACAUUUCAACGUAUCACUGGCCUUUAUAUUACUGUGUCUCGGACUGCCUUUACACGAUGUUUAAUUUUUUGUCUUUUCAUUAUUAAAUUACUUCUUUAAUA